AUGUCGGUUCCGCCUGCCCUGCAGAUCCGAGAGGCGAAUGCACACCUGGCAGCCGUGCACCGACGCGCGGCGGAGCUGGAGGCCCGGCUGGACGCGGCGGAGCGCAUGGUGCGCGCCCAGGCCGAGCGCCUGGCCCGCCACGACCAGCAGCAGCGGGCCGCCCUGGACGAGCUGGGCCGCGCCAAGGACCGUGAGAUUGCUGCUCUGCAGGAACAACUGCAGACCUCUGAGGCCACUGUCCACAGCCUGAAGGCCACUGUGCACCAGCGGGACAAGCUCAUCCAGCAGCUGCAGCCCCGGGCCGAGCUGCUGCAGGACAUCUGUCGCCGCCGGCUGCCCUUGGCUGGGCUACUGGCUGCCCUGGCUGAGGCCGAACGUCUGGGGCCCCUGCCAGCCAAUGACCCAGACCACCCACUCCCUGGUGGGCCUGGUCCACCUCUUGCCAACAGCACUGGGGACGAGGGGGACAGGGACCACCUCCAGCCUGCUGUGUUUGGGACCACAGUGUGAGCCCCGAAGUACAGAUUCCAGAAUGAAGACUGAAGGCUCCUCUCUUUAGGGACUUCCACUGCUGUGGGUGUCCUUUGGGGUCACCAAGUGUCCUGGAGGGGACCCCAUGGCAGAGUGGUAAUCCUGUCCAAGUAUCAAAACAAGCUAAAAAGUCAAAAGUUUUGAAACAGGCCCACAGGCCAAAUGCGGAUGUUUAGCUCAGACAAGUUUUGUUUUGUUAAGUUCUGUUUUGUUUUAAACUUUGAAUCAAUCACCCAUGUUGAGAAACUGGCAAUGCUUACACAAAAAAAUCUGGAUUUCUAGCUUCAGACUUGGCUAUGCUUGCCUGGAUCAGAGUCCCGGGUACACUCUGUAGCCAGGGUGUGAGUUUCCACUUGUCCUCUCCCCUUUCUUAGGUUAUCCGUCUAGCCCCCAAAGCAUCUGAGUUUGAGACCUCUCUUUUUUCUGUCUGGUGGAGGCAGAUGGUAUCAAGUUCCAUAUUAGUUUGAAUUUUCCUUCCCCUUUUUCCCCCUGCCCUGAUUCUUAUUUCUCAUUAAGUAUCCCCCAUCCUGGGGCUAAAGCUUGAACUUUUUUUUAUCCCAGACCAAACUUGGGAGCUUCAAGCCUCAUGCUAUCUAUCUUACAGUGGUUGUAUGAAGACAAUUUUUUAAUCCUAUAUAUUUUCCCUAACUAUGUCCUUCCCUCAACCUUUAACCCAGAAGGAAGAGCAGGCUGGUGAGAAAGACUGAGAUGCUGGCAACUGCGUUGCCCAGGAAGUGUGCAUCCCUCAACCUUUUCCUGAUGGCGGCCUGCCUCAGGACUUUGCACUGGCUGUUUCCUCUGCCUAGAAUGCUCUUCCCCCUGAGCUCCACAUGAUUGGUCACUCAGGUCUUUUCUCAAAUGCCACCUCCCCAGAGAGGCCUUUCCUGACCACCUUAUCUGAAGGAAUUCCUCCUCCUACCCCCAGACCUUGCCAUUACCCCAUUUUAUUUUCCUUAACAGAACUUUUUACCAUCAGAGUAUAAGCUCCAUAAGGGCAGGGAUUUUUGUCUCUCUUGUUCUAUUUUUGUU